GGGGCCAGGAAGGGACGGAACCAUGGGGCUGGGUUUAUACCAGCUCUGCGGAGCCCCUCCGCUCUGCCCCCGCCUGCGAGGGGCUUUCUUGGCUAGGUCUGUUCCUGACAGAAGGGAUGCGUGUUGUCGGGGGUGGGGGGCUUGGCAUGUGUGUGUGUGUGUGUGUCUGAGAGAGAGAGUAUGUGUGUGUGUGUUUAAAAUACAGAAAAAAGAAGCAUGGCUUUCCUCAGCUGCAGAGGCGGGCCGGGCUCUGUCCGUGCCAACUCCCUCAGAGCGGGCACCGUGGGGACACAGGAGGUACAGGAAGACUGCAGAGGUGAGGGACGGGCAUGGAGAAAGAUGGACGCUUGCCAUCUCGAGUGCCGGCGGCGGCGGCGGCGGCGGCUGCGUGAGGCCAAACCCCAUGAACAAAACCCACAGCAGAUCGCUGGCAGCCCAUGUGAGGAGGCAGAAGACAGUUGGCAGCGCUGCUGCCGCCGAGGACAGCCUGGGAGCAGGUGGAUGUAGGCAAGGCCAGCAUGGACCAGGUGCCAGGACGUUCAGAGCAGGACCCCGGCGGUCACGACAGAGGACAGUCACCUAUGACAUAGACGACCUGCGGUUUCUACAACUGCUAUCUUGUUUCCUGACAUUUCUCAAACUUGCCUUGGAAGCAGAUGUAUACACGUUAGAAAUAAAAUUUCCGGAAGAACCAGUCUUUGUCCACAAGGGGCCUUGGCAUCUGCUGGCCUGUCUGAGCUUGGCAUUCUGAAGACCGUCCCCCUGGAGUGGCCCAGCUGUGGCUUCUUCCCUAGCCACCCCUGGAGUCGGCACCUGCAGAAGCCCCACCUUGCUUCUCCUCUCAGCCCGGUUCAGGCAGCCCCAUCCUCCAUGGCUACAGCCAUGCUAUGGCCAGCCUUCCCAAGCUCCAGUCCUGUAGCCUGGAGGCUGAGGAUGCUCCUGGGGCCAGUGCUGCCAAGCACAGAGUUGAGAGCCAUGGGAUCCCCGGACACCAGCAUCUCUGCUCUAUGCACUCAGGGACCCUGCAGCCAGCACCACCUUGGCUUACAGCCCCAACAGGACACGGGAACAUUGAAGGGCGAUGUCUAUCAGCUUCUUCCAAGGCCAAUCCACGGCUCCCCCCUGCAAAGUCGCUGUGUGUGGGAUCCUUGGUCUCUGUUCAUAUGUCACUUGCUUGGACCGUGGGGACCACAAACAUGCCUGUGAGCUGGGUGGCUCCAGGGCCACACAUGUGACAGUCCUCAGCAGACACACGUGGAAGGCUAAGUUGUGGCCUUCGGUAGCCUGAGCCCUCUCACCUUGGAGGGGGAAACUGGCUGCCUGCCCUGCACAGAGAAGGAUACAGACACUAGGCUCAGACCCAUCAUGCCUAGACUGGCGAUACCUUCCCUGGACUCAGUGGUGACAGUAUGCAUCGAAGGGCUGUCACAGAGGAAAAGGCAGAGGCUAGGAUUCCCAGCCCCGUUCCCACCUCUGGAAAUAGCGGGCGGCCCCAGCCCACCCCCUCCUCCGA